AUGAAGGACCCGCGCGCCAGCAAGAGGAGAAGGGUGUCGGACGCACAAGUGGUUGACGAAGAUGGAGAUACUACCAUGGGCGAGGGCGCUCAAGACGCACCCACCUCGCCAGUAAUCGAACAGACGAAAGCCGCGUCUCCUGCAGCCGAAGAGCCAGAAACGCCCGCUACAUCGAGAUCAAAGCGGCGGCGAUCUUCGCCGGGCGCCGCUGUGAUUGAAAAGGAGAACGACGAGGUACAAGCUACAGAUACACCUACGAGGGGUGGAGUACGGUCGAGUGGGCGACAGCGCCGAGCGCCGCAGAGGUACGGAGACGAGGUCGUGAACACGCCAUCGGGCAGGAGAAACGCUUCUACACCAGGUGCGAACGGGUCAACGACGAGGAGCGCCCGCAGGGCUAAAUAUGUCUCGGAAACGGAGGGUGACGAGGAAGAGGAGGAAGCAGAAGUCGACGACGAUGACGACGAGGACGAACCGUCUCCGCAACCGAAAAGACGACCGGCACGGACGCGGUCGAAGAAGGCCACAGUUCGGUUCGAAACGGAUAAGGACGAUGCGUCCAAGAAACGGGAUGAGUCGCAGAUAUCUCCUACGCCGGAUGAUUAUCAGGAUGGGCUAGAAGAUCUCGUGUCGAUGCAGUUACAACAGGAUCUUGCCAGCAAUGACUUGACCAGCACUGAGCAAACCGUUCCCGCCAACGGGGAGCCGCUUCCAGACUAUGCUGCGAAACUCCAAGCGCUUGUGCAAGAAGGUCUGACAGAGGAGCUGCGGUUACUGACAGGAUAUGUUACGCAGAAGCUGAACGGCAAGAGACGGGUGCCACUGAAAGGGCUCGAGACUGAGUACCACAAGGUCAACCAUUUGAUCGAACAAACUGUUGCUGUCGGUGAAGGUAACUCAAUGCUACUUCUCGGAUCUCGCGGAAGCGGGAAAACUGCGAUCGUUGAGACGAUUAUCUCGACGUUGGGAAAGUCGUACAAGAAUGACUUCCACGUUGUCCGUCUUAAUGGCUUCCUUCAUACAGACGACCGAUUGGCGCUCCGCGAAAUGUGGCGUCAGCUUGGCCGUGAGACAAACACUGAAGACGAAGCUGGCAAAGUUAGCAGCUAUGCUGAUACCAUGGCUACACUCCUUGCUCUUCUGUCGCACCCAGAGGAGCUCUAUGGUCCGUCCAAUGAAUCAGGUACUGCGACCGCUGCAAAAUCCAUCGUCAUUGUUCUGGAUGAAUUCGAUUUGUUUGUUACACACCCUCGCCAAACACUGCUGUACAACUUGUUUGAUAUCGCGCAGGCGCGCAAGGCCCCAAUUGCAGUGAUUGGGCUUACUACCAAGGUGGAUGUGACGGAAAUGUUGGAGAAGCGAGUCAAAAGUCGCUUCAGCCACCGAUACGUCUACGUUCCACUACCACGAUCCCUGGAAACCUUUUCUGACAUUUGCUUCGCCGGACUUAACCUGGAAGACGAGGAAAUUUCGGAACUGCUUGAAUUGGCUGAUGCCAAAGAGCGAGCCGUCCUCCACUCUGACAGCUGGGGCCGCUUACUGGAAGGAUGGAGAGCUUAUCUGCAGGGCCUAUGGAUCGACGAGGCGUUCACAUCCCACCUACGAAGGAUAUACCAUCAAACUAAAUCCGUGAAGGAAUUCUUCACGAGCGCUUUGAUUGGACUGAGCGACCUCUAUCACAGCACCCACUUUCUUACUACUCCCGAAGGAACGUCUUCCCUGGAGAUCCCCACCGCUACCACCUUCACCAGUCACCUCCUAUCCUGCCCGGACCCUGCCCCUCUCCCAUUCUCCGCGUCGACCACCGCCUCCGCAAGUCCCUCAUCUCUCCCGCUUUCGCUUCUCCUAGCCGCAACCCGCUUAGCAGCCCUGUACGAACCAGGCCUCGAGACGACGCAGCUCCAGAGCGCUGCGCCACUAGCGCUCUCCUUCCCCGCAGCCUACGCAGAGUACGUGCGACUGCUAACGACCGCCAAGACGUCAGCCUCGGUGUCCGGCGCAGCGGUGACUCCGGGACGAGUCUGGGGUCGGGACGUGGCGCGCGAGGCAUGGGAGAAGCUCGUCAGCUGGGGGCUGAUCAGCCCCGUUGGCGGGGGCAGUGGCACUGCAGACGGACGGAUGUUCCGGGUGGAAAUCAGCUUCGACGAGGUGGUCGAGAUGGCCGGCACGGGAGGAUCAUUAGGACGGUGGUGGCGGGAUGGCUGA